UAUAUUCUAAAUUAUAAAUUAUAAAUUAUAAAUUAUAGAUAUAGAUUAUAUCACACCCGGUGAAAUAGUCAAAACAAUUACCUACAUGUCUAAUAUCAAAUUCUUUGCCUUCAUGUGUGUCAAAGUUGUACACUGGAGACGGCAGUGAAUUUACUUUAGGUCAAUUUUAUAGCACUAUCCGGUCCCCUAUAUGAAGAUAGAUAGCACUUUAUGCCUUUUAUUUUAUUUGAAGAUAUUGGUUAGAUAUUUAUUGAGUUUUGAAUUGUAAUUCUAGUGACGAUGGAAUAAAAUGCUAAAGUAAGGGUAAAAAGUUAGAAAAAGCAUCACUUCAAAGUUCAAGUUUUCUUUAGUGUAAUGAGUUUUGAGUGCAUGAAAAUAUUAGAAGUUCGUUGUACUAUAGAAGUUGAGUGGUGCCAAGCAUUUUAAAUUGACAAAAAUAAUAAUAAUAACAAAUCUAAUGUAAUUUUAUAAUGGAGUUUGGGAAAGAUAAAAUAUACAUAAUUUUUAUCUCCAUCUACGCGGGUAGAGAGAUUGUUUUCAAUAAAUCUCUGGUUCAAGACAAAUAUUUUGAAAUAGGAUUGCAAGAAAAAUAAAAAAAUAGCAAAAUAACAAGAUACAAACCAAAUAAAACUACACGUAGUAAUAAAAAAAAUAAAAGACUACACAAUUAGUACUUAAUAAUAAUAAGAAGAUGAGAGGAGGCUAGCCUCAAUGUCCCCCACAUAAAGUGCGAGGACAUGUAACUUCCUACUAACCUUUUACCUUAAUCCUCGACUAUAAAUCCUUUCUAGAAUAAUGUCCUUAAUAAGUUGAAAUUAUGCCAUGUCCUUAACUAAAAGAUCAUAAACAUUCUUAUUGCAUAUUACCCCCGAAAGUGAGUCUACAUUUCAUUCAUUCCGGUCUAAUACUAUGUGCAACAUUAUUUUCAAUCUCUGUCUCCUUGAAUUGUUGACAAAAGAUAUUUAGAAUUUUCUCUCUUGGUGUGACUUCCAAGCUUAUCAUUAAGUCAACGCACGUCAUGCUAAUCAAAAUUAUGUCAUUUAUGAAUUACAUAUAUCACGACACGUUUCCCAAAUUCUCAUGUCAAUUUGUUCAUCAAUAAGGUAAAAGUGAAAAUAUUUUUAAAGGCAGAAUACAUCGGUAGACUCCUUAAGUACGCACCAUCUUCCACUUAGGUACCUCAAGUGGACGUCGCUCACUUUUGACACCUCAAGUAGCCAUAACGUGUGCCACUUUGGCACCUUUCGACACCAACUCUAGUGGGUGAAUUACACGCGCGUCUAGUAUGAAUUAAAUGGCCAAUUAAUUUGUGCCAGCUCAUUUUAAAUUGCCACGUCAUUAUAUGCAUCCACAAUUUUUUUAAAAAAAGGAAAUAAAAUACAUUAUAAGGUGUCCAAUGAAUUAAUGACACGUGACUUUUGACCAAAUAAUUACAAAACUUCAUCUUACUGACCCAACUAUUCUUCAAGCUCUCCAUCAAUGGAGGUUGCAACCUCUUCGUGGAAAAUGGAAAGAACACAGUCGUUCAAAAGUACUUCCGUGCAUUAAACACGCAAAGGUAAAGCAAUUUUCAGAAAUGCACUGGGGAAGGUAUCACAAUUUCAUUAAUCAUAAGAAUCAACAAUCAUUGAAUCAGAAAUGUAAGCAUCACAAGAAAUUUUCACCACCAUUACAACAAAAAGGAACAUGUUUUAAUUUAACGAAAAAAAGCGGCAACACACUUCCAACAUGAUAUGUUUGAUAAAACCAAGCGAGAUGUAUUGAUUACCAUUUACCGAAUCUGCUUUAUUUUCUAUCCACAUUAAUAGCUUCUCGAAUUUCAGAUAUAUGAUUAAAAAUUAUGGAGGAGAAGAGGCCUGUGUUCAAUUAGAAAGUUAAUCGGUAAAAGAAAAUUAAUGGAGGUUGAAAGAUGUAGGAUACUCCAUUAAUGGAGGUUGGAAGAUGUAGGAUGAAAAAAUAGGGAAGAAGUUGAUUAAAUUAAAUGAAAAAUGAGCGGCCAAAAGCAAGUGUGAUACACCUUCUUUGCUGAAUCAUCAAAAGGUGCCAAAAUAACACACUUUAUAGCUACUUGAGAUGUCAAAAGUGAGCGACAUCCACUUGAGAUGCCUAAGUGAAAGAAGGUACGUACUUCAGGAGUCUGCCGUAUUCUGCCUAUUUUUAAAGAUGGACAACAAGAUCACCAUCUCAAAGAAAAUUCUUUCAUGUUUUGUUAUAUCAACCAGGUUUGAUCAUCGAUUUUGGUUCCAAAAUAUAAAAUAAUAUUUGGAGAUCAUUUUAAAUAAUCAUUCGUUUAUAAUAUUUUCAUAUUAAUUCAACUUCAAAUGUAAAAUAUAGAAUUUUGAAGUUUGAAAAAUAGGUCUGAUGAGUUUCAAAUUUUCACUAACAAAAGUUUCCAACUUUCUUUUCAUAUCAAAAUACAAAUUCUACUUUCAUUUUGUUUUUCCAGAUCUUAGUUAAAUCAUGUCCAAACACGCCUACUAUAUUUGGAGCAAACUUAACAUUUUCCUAUAUUUGGUAUCUUUGGAAUUGUUGUUGCCAUUAGCUAAUAUUGAAUUGCCUGACACCUUUAACUAGCACAGUUAUGUGAAAGGUUGGAUACCAUUAAGAGCCCCCUUUUCCCCCUCCUGCUGAUGAGUGGGACAUUUCCAUGUGAAUGAUGGUUGAGCAAUAACACAGCUUUCACAGUUAUCCUUUACUGGUUUGAAUCAUAGAACAUAAAACAUCAAACAUAUAUAACAAAAUGGAAAUAUUUUUGAACUUUUACCAGCUGGUUUAGCAAUGUUGAGUUAAAACGCAAAACUUCGGUGAUAUCUCAUGGCUUUAUUCCAAUAUUUGUAUGAUAAUAUAUUAGUGUUGUCUAUUAAUUUCAUACGUAUUACUUUUUGGAAUGAAGUUGUAAGUUUCUGGGACAGAUUACUGCAUUUGCUUCCUACGUACACUACAGUGUCAUUCAUACUCGUGAAGAUACAGAAGGUGUCGGGUGCAACUCCAAAUUGUUGAUUAUUUUUAUUUUAUUUUUUUCAAUUUACAUUAGUGUCAUAUGAUUAAUGUUUGCUAACUUUCACUAACACAACUAUAAGGGGUUGGUUUGGUUGGGAAAGAGUUAUCCCGGAUAAUUUAUCUCGAGAUUAGUUAUUUCAUUAUAUAUAUGGGAUAACUUAUCGCAAUACUAUGGUAUAACUGGUGGAUAAAUAAUUUUGGUACGAACUAAUAUCUCACACCAAAUACGGGAUAAAAUUAUUUUAUUCCAAUAUUAUUUAUCCCUUAUACCUCACACCAAACGACCUCAAAGGUACUACCUCCCUCCAUUUUUACUUGUAAAUUGUGUUAAAAAUAGAUAUCUAUUUUUACUUGUCAAGUUUGAAAAAAUAAAGGCAGUCUGGUAUAUCGAAAUUUUCGCUAUGCAUAGGGUUUGGAAAAGGUCCGACCAUAAGUGUCUAUUGUAUGCAGUCUUAACUUGCAUUUCUGCAGGGAUUCUUUCCAAGGCUUGAAUCCGUGACCUCCUGAUCAUGACAACAAUUUAGAUAGACUUUAUAAUUAAAAAUGAUAUAAUAAAAUUAUUAUUUUAUUUAUUACUUCUUAAGAUGUGUCAAGUUAUAACAUGGACAAAUAAAAAUAGACAGAGAAAGUAAUUCUUUAUGCAAAGUUUGGGCAAAUAGGAGAAUUCACCUAUCAGUUUCUAUUGGAAUUUUAACUAUAGGUUCCAAGAUUGCCAUUCUAGUUCUUUGAUAGUUAAGUAGCCCCAUUGGGAGUUUGGGGCUAUGUUAUUUAAUGACUCUCUUUCUAAUGUUGGGUCUUUACUAUAAUAUGCUCAAUACAAUUUUACAAACGAGGUCUGAUGAGAGGAUAGUACGUAUGCAACCAUACGCUUACCUAGUAAAGGCAAAGACUGUUUUUCUAUACACUCAACUAAAUCAUAUAAUCAAUCUAUCCUCGUUUAUAAGUUAACCUCAUUUUACUGUUAUUAUUGUUACUCGCAUCAUCAAAAGGACUCAGGAGCCAUGCCACUGGCAGGUCCAAGUAGCAAUUAAAAUUAAAUAGAAACUGUUUGGAAGAAAAGCAGGAAUACAUAGGAAAGGAAACAGAAAGAAAAGGAGAGGGAGGUAUGGAAUAUUUCUGUCUUUAACAGGCUGUGUGUGUAUUGCCUUUCCAAAAGGUCCAAGUUCUCUGUUUCAAGUAACAGACACUGGUCAUAUCAACAAUUUGAACGUAGAUAUUGAAUUUUAUUAUGCAAAUAUUAUUAUUUACAUUUCGUUACGCUCACAUACAAAUCAUUUACACAAAGAAAUGAGGUUACAAUAGUAUGGAGAUUCUCCUGUCAGUUUCUGUAGCCUUUUGCUGACGUUUUGAUCUUGGUCCCAUGGUACCAACUUACUAGCCUGCAGACAAAUUGCUUGAAAACCAGCAGAAACUUGUAUGCCUAAAGUGCCCUCUUCUUCAAUCAAUUGAAAGCUGGAACAAGUAGCAAAAGUCUUCAACCACAAGAACUAUGUGAAGUCUUUCAAUCAUUAUUUCGUGUAUCAUAAAGCUCGGUUGGGUUCACCUCGGUCUCAACUCAACUUGUUACUAUAGCAAGUUUGACAGGUUCAGCUGUACUCCACUUGAUUCAGCUCGAUACUCAAUUUAUUUAUAGGUAAAGUUGUCUUCAUGUGUUCUAACCGUGGAAGCAACAACUAAUGCUUGCUUUAGUGUAGGCUGUUUAUAUCAUACCCGUUGAAGUGACGUUCUUCUCCACUCCUUGCUAACAUGGGAUGUUUUGUGCAGUAGCUGUUGCACUUAUGUAAUCAUAGCGGAUCCUCCAACUAUUAUGGAAGAUUAUGUCUCUUACCUCUUUUAACUUGAUUCUAUUAAAAAAAGGAAAAGGUGCUUACACAUGUAACUGUCAUUUUGUAGAGUAAAAUCUGUUAUGAAACUCUUCCUAACAACCAGCUAAGACAAGUAACGAAAAAGUAGUAGAAAAAUGGGAAUAACUCCAAAAGUAUUUAAAAACCCUAAACUGUCUCUAGCUAUUUAUAUGCACCCAAGAAACCUUCCUAACCUCUGCCUCUCCUCUGCAUAGUGUGUACUUUGGCUCCCAGAAAGUGAAUGACAUGUUUUAGACCGACCUUGUUGCUAUAUUGAUCUCUUCAUUCCCAUCUAAAAAAGAUCCCCAAAAGAGAGGAAAAAAGCAAAGUCAUCGUGUAAGAUGAGGGGAAGAUCUUCACCAAAACAAGGAGUUAUGGAAGUAGCAAGGGUUGAUAAACUAAAACAAGAACCUCAUCUCUCUGGUGCCUAUAUUAGAAGCCUAGUCAAACAGUUAACUUCUUCAAGAACCAAAGAUCCCUUGACUCCCAAAGACCAUGAUGAUUCACUAGAGAAUUCAACAAAACUUGAUGAUAGUUUGUGUAGUGAUACACAAUUGUCACCACAGCCAGCAGCACCACCACAGCCUAAAAAGAAACAAGUGAGGAGGAGACUCCACACUAGUAGACCUUAUCAAGAAAGGCUUCUAAAUAUGGCCGAGGCUCGGCGUGAGAUUGUCACUGCCCUCAAGUUUCAUAGAGCGUCUAUGAAACAACAACAGCAACAACAAUCAUCUCACACCGGGCCACAGUCGUUGCAGACUUGGCCACAGGAAUCUUUCGGAGAAGAACAAGGGAAACAUAAAUCCCGGAGAAACGCCAGGAUUUAUGCUUCCAACACUAUGACCAACAACAACUUGCCAAGUUACAACAUGGAGAAUUUCUCCAACACAACUUUCCCUUGUCUGCCUCAAUAUCCUUACUCUUGUCCUGUUUCAUCCUUUGGUUCCCAAUUACCUUUUCAAGACCACCUCAAUUUUCCACUUCCCAACCAAACAUUAGGCUUGAAUCUCAAUUUCCAAGACUUCAGCAAUUUAGAUGCAACCCCUUUUUGUACCAGCAAAAGCAAUAACAAUUCAAUCUUUUCAUCAUCAUCUCCUUCAUCAUCUUCAGAUGAAUUCCAUUAUGUGGGAGGAGGUGCUCCUAUAGCUCAAAUGGUGAAUUCAGAAGAUUCAGGGUUGCAUCUAUCAUUGGAUGAGCAAGAAAUGGAAGAGAUAAGAUCAAUAGGAGAACAACAUGAGAUGGAGUGGAAUGACAGCCUGAAUUUGGCAACAUCAGCUUGGUGGUUCAAGUUCUUGAAGGCCAUGGAAAUAGGACCUGAUGAGAAGAACAUUGCUGAGGAUUAUGGGUGUUAUCCAUUUGCUGAAGUCAUGGAAUUCCCUGCCUGGUUCAAUCCAAAUGAAACCUGCUUGCAACAACAUGUCGAUGAUACCUAUUCUCAUCCUACCUUACCAUGUAUGGAGAUUGAAGAAAUUGAAGGAAUGGAUGUGGAGUGGUUAUCAUGAAAGAAGAAGAUUGAUUGGUUUUUGUUGUAAUCAAAUCUUUGGCCUUUUACAUUUGAAGCCCCAAAUUGCUGCUUUUUAUCUUUCUUUUGGGGAAGGAGAAUUUAUGUUUCUCCAUUUCUUUAUUGUUUUUUUUUUUUAAAUUUUAUUUAUUAAAAUCAAUAAUAAAGGCAUUUGCUACAAAUCGCAGGCUCUAGAGAAAAAUAAUAGAUGAGGGAGAAAUUAUUAUAUGUAUGGCUCCCAAUUUUCUUUUUCUGUCUAUUAUGAGAGAUCUGAUAUUUAAUGGUUC